UAGUUGGGUUUGUUAACCACUGAGCCAUGAAGGGAACUCUGAGCCUGUCGUUUUGAGGUCCUCUUUUUCACACAGUAUUUAUAUCUGUUUUCUGAAAAAUCUAGAAUACUUGGGACAAUGUCCCAGCCUUUUGGGACGAAAGAAAUCUUCAGAGCCCAACGCCAGGUGUGGUCCAUAGAGAAGGAGUGCCGUGAGCCCCGGAACCGCACACCGGGCUGAAGUGGUUGUCUUAAAGGACGUGUUAAGUCCUCUCCAACCUGUGAUUUUCACACAAGGCGGGGGGGCGGGGGUGGGUUCCUUUAUUUCAACAAGAACAGCCCAGCAUACUGGACUGCACAGAAGGUUUCUCAUGCAGAGAAGAUCCUGCUUUCAGAGGAGGAAGGCACUUUGAAAAAUCACAUUUUGCCCAAGUCAGAAGUCAGGGUGUGGAGUGUGUGCUUUCUCCCUGUCCUUUAUGGCGGAACAGACCUGGGUUCCCAGUCCAGCCCUGCCACUUCCUAGGCUGCUGACUUGAGUAAACCAAUAGAUAAAAGGAUAUACAAAGGAACACAGCCUACUUGUCAUGACUUCAACCACCUCACAGCCACAGCAGAAAGUGUCUCUCUCCUAGUGGGCUUUUCCGCAGGCCAAGUCCAGCUUAUAGACCCAAUCAAAAAAGAAACUAGCAAACUAUUUAAUGAGGAAAGACUAAUAGACAAGUCGCGAGUAACCUGUGUCAGAUGGGUUCCUGGUUCGGAAAGCCUGUUCCUAGUAGCCCAUUCGAGCGGGAACAUGUACUUGUAUAAUGUGGAGCACGCUUGUGGCACCACAGCCCCCCACUACCAGCUUCUGAAGCAGGGAGAGAGCUUUGCCGUGCACACUUGCAAGAGCAAAUCCACGAGGAACCCUCUCCUUAAGUGGACGGUGGGCGAGGGGGCCCUCAACGAGUUUGCUUUCUCCCCAGAUGGCAAGUUCUUGGCGUGUGUGAGCCAGGACGGCUUCCUGCGGGUGUUCAACUUUGACUCGGUGGAGCUGCACGGCACCAUGAAAAGCUACUUUGGAGGCUUGCUGUGCGUGUGCUGGAGCCCCGACGGCAAGUACAUUGUGACGGGCGGCGAGGACGACCUGGUGACGGUCUGGUCUUUUGGAGACCGCCGGGUGAUAGCGCGGGGCCACGGGCACAAGUCCUGGGUCAGCGUGGUGGCCUUCGACCCCUACACCACGAGCGUGGAGGAGAGCGACCCUCUGGAGCUGAGUGGCAGCGACGAGGACUUCCAAGACCUCCUGCACUUCGGCCGAGACCGCGCCAACAGUACCCAGUCCCGGCCGUCCAAGCGGAACUCGACCGAGAGCCGCCCCGUCAGCGUCACCUACCGCUUCGGCUCCGUGGGCCAGGACACGCAGCUCUGCCUCUGGGACCUCACGGAGGACAUCCUUUUCCCCCACCAGCCCCUCUCGAGAGCGAGGACACACACCAACGUCAUGAACGCCACGAGCCCCCCCGUCGGCAGCGCCGGGAACAGCGUCUCGACGCCGGGCAGCGCGGCGCCGCCGCCCCUGCCGCGGUCCAACAGCCUCCCGCACUCGGCCGUGUCCGGCGCGGGCAGCAAGAGCAGCGUCGCCGACGGGGCCGUGGCGUCCGGGGUCAGCAAGUUCGCCACGCUCUCGCUGCACGAGCGCAAGGACAGGCACCACGAGAAAGACCACAAGCGAAACCACAGCAUGGGACACAUCUCCAGCAAGAGCAGCGACAAACUGAACCUCGUCACGAAAGCCAGAACGGACCCAGCCAAAACUCUGGGCACGGCCCUGUGCCCGCGGAUGGAAGACGUUCCCUUGUUAGAGCCGCUCGUCUGUAAAAAGAUAGCCCACGAAAGACUGACGGUAUUGAUUUUUCUUGAAGACUGUAUAGUCACUGCUUGUCAGGAGGGAUUUAUUUGCACAUGGGGAAGGCCUGGUAAAGUGGGUUUGUUGUCAUCCCAAAACCAGGCCAGUUCUCCAGGCGGAACUGCAGUGUAGCGACCCUCCUGCUGCUCGGAAAUUCUCACCCGGACGGGGUCUCGAGGGAGCGACGAUGGCGGAGCCAAGAGCGGCACUUGGGCGCAGGACGGACGUCGGGCGCUGGCAGAGCCGACGUCGCCGGAGCAGCAAGAGGCGGGUGGGGCAGGGCCCUCCAGGCGCGCAGCCGGACACCGCUCACCCAAAGACGUUGUUUCCAUUUCCAAACCACUUUUUUUGGGCUGCAGUAAAAAAUAAGAAAUGAGAUUUUCUUGCUUUUUACUCUAAAAUUCCAUGUAAUUAAAAUCUCACAUCUAAUAUAUAUAAUACAUACACAUACACACAUAGCGUAAAAGAGAAUGUUUCUUGGACCAGACGUCCCCUUGGCUGCGGCUGUUAGUCUCUUGCUGCACUGAUGUUACGACCUUAGGUGGUCAGCGGGCACCUGGAAUGCACUCAUGAAGGAAGUUGUUAACUUUCUGGCAUAAAUACGUGAUUCAGGAAGACAGAUGCUGCAAUCAUAGAUUUUUUUAAAAAAAUUAUUUGCACUUAAAAUAAUUUAAUGCUGUUAAAAAUUAUUUUGAAUAUGGGUGUGGUGGACCUCCAAGGUGUGGUGUGGAGAUGCCCUUUUUAAUCUGUUAACAUUUAUUUUAAUACUAGUUUGUUCCAAUGCAAUCAACUGUAUUAUAUGUAUAAAUGCUGUGAUCCUGCAGUUGGGGAAAUGGUCACUUCAGUAGUAAUUUUCAUAAUCUAAGAGUGGUAUUUCUAAUUCCCGAAAAUAUAUUAAUAUUAAAACUAUCUUGAAUAUAC